UAAUAGACAGCGUUGAGAGCGAGCAAAAGCUGUACUAAAUAAAGCUUUGACCUAACAAUAGUAACAGUUAAGAUCAGUGAUCUUCACAGCUUAUUCACAACUAGAAGCUCAACGGGUGCGCACGAUAGCGACAAAUACGCCAACAACGGUAAAAUGUUGAACGUAAAAUACUUACUGCUUUUGAGCCUGUUUUCUAUGGCACACGCUGCAGAUUCAGAUAUAACCAAAUUCAUGAAGCAUCUGGAAGUUAUACCUGACCUGAUCACUGAAGGACCAAAGGACUUUUUAAAUGUUAACUAUGACAGCGGUGUAGUGGCGGAUAAAGGCGUAGAAUUGACACCGACACAAGUAAAACACCAACCAAAAGUCGAGUGGACUUCUGAAUCGGCUGAUACUUACUAUACUCUCAUCAUGACCGAUCCGGAUGCACCUAGCCGUGCCAAGCCGGAGAUGCGUGAAUGGCAUCAUUGGUUGGUGGUGAAUAUACCCGGCAAUGCGUUGGACAAGGGUGAAGUGCUAUCGGAAUAUAUUGGUUCUGGCGCUCCAAAGGACACAGGGUUGCAUCGUUACGUAUUUCUGCUCUACAAACAACCAAAGAAACUGGAAUUCAGCGAAAUUCAUCUUACGAAUACAAGUGCUAAGGGUCGUGAGAAAUUUUCGACAAAAAAUUUCGCUGACAAAUAUGGACUCGGUAUACCAGUGGCUGGCAAUUUCUUUCAAGCUCAAUAUGAUGAAUAUGUACCGGAAUUGUAUAAGCAAUUAGGGUUUUAAAGAUGCAUUAGAAAUGGCCCAAGUCGAGCGAUUAAAGAAAAAACUUGUUUAGGAACAGCCGUUGAACAAGUUUCACAGACACACAUAUAUCUUAUUUUAU